AACUUAUCGACUGGUAUGGUACACUGUAACCACGCGUAACGUUUCGGAGGUGGCGGAAGCCAUGUCCGACAUCGACGAUGAGGAAUCCACCCUCGAACUGAGCAUCCUUCUCCCCUCCGCCGACGGCUUCCGCCGAAGGAAGCCCGCCUUCUUCCUCCCUUCAAAGCCCAAACACUUCGCCGUGGCCUGGAUCGACCCCGACGCCAAGCGAUCCACCAAGGCCUUCUCCCCCGGUGACCCCAGCCCCAAGCUCCACUUCCCCCUCUCCUCCCGCGCCCUCUGCGACCCUGCAUGCACCCUCACUGUCCAGAUCCUCUCCUCCCGCUUCCCCUUCCGCCAUGCCGCUGCCCCCAGGGUGGAGGGCUCCGCCUCCGUCCCCCUCUCCUCGCUCCCCGCUGGCGCUGGUGACACCCUCACUCUGCUGCUCAAUCGCCCUUCCGGCCGCCCUGCCGGCUUCGUUCGCCUUUCCGUCCGCAUACUCUGGUGUCUGGGGGCGGCGCCGCCGCCGCUGCCUCUGCCGCUGCCAGAGGCUCCUCCAAUAGUGGAGUGCUCUGAUUGGGCACCAAUGGUGGCUACUGGGUUUCCGGUGGAGAGCGGGCAAAUGGAAUUUCCCAUGGCGGAGCCAAAUGCGCCGCCGGUACCAGGUGAGAACGCCGGAGCAUGGAGGAGUUUUUGGGUUGGAUUGGCCUGUGGAACUCUUGCAAUGGUGCUGGUGGGAGCUGCUGGAUUGUCCGAAGGCUAAAGGAGUGAUCUUGCUGCAAUGUGGGUGAGUGGUGUUUGAUGAAAUGCUCUUGACAUGUCCAUCUUUUUGGCUUCUCCUUCGAAAUUGCUGAUUUUUUAAUAUUUGAUCGAGAGUUGGAAAUAUUCUCUUUUAGGGUUUGUACUGAAGAUUUUACCAAAAGGAAAUCAAAAUGGUGAUAGUAACUA